CCCCUCACUUCUGCUCCUCCAUAAUAUCAAUAUAUGACAAUUUUUCUUUAAAUCAUCAGUGUUUAAAUGAUGAGCUGACAGUGUAUCCUGACAUCCUUAUCGACAUCCUCAUGUAAAUGUUCCCUCUCUUAUUUUCCACGUGGGUAUGUGUUUUAAAUAGUCCCUUUAAAAAAAAAAUAAUGGUAUUUUGAGACAGUGAGAGGAUAAAAGUAUAUGGCCAUCACACAUUUAAUAGGAAACUAAAAUUAUUUUUGAAAACUUUGGAAAGAUUACAUAAAAAGUCUCAAAAUUUUAUUGUUAGAAGGUAAAGAUUUCUAUUUUCCCCUCACCUCUUACAUUUAGCAUAAAUGACAGUGAAGCAUUUUUUUCAAAUUUAAGAAACAAGUAUAAAAUCUGAUUUUUAGUUUUUCAUGAAACGAAUUUUGUAUAUAAUUCUUGUAUCAAUAUUAACACCAAUAAAUCAGGACCAUCUAGAAAACAAAAACAGGAUUAAAAAAGAUAACCAAUUGACAUGACGGAUGAAGAAGAUACUAGGUGAGAAGAAACAUGUAUAUAACAAAGCCUACAAUUGGGAAAUCGUGGGAAUCAAAGUCAAGCAGUUAAUUACUAACAAAGAUGGCAACCAUGUUUCUUUUGUCUUUCACAGUGAAUGCAUAAUUAGCACUUAAUACUAAGACUAGGGAAUAAACCAUCUAUAAUCUAUUGAAAAAGACCAUCUGCUUCUAUAAAUUGUUCUCAUACACUUGCCAAAAGAAGAGAACAUAUUAACAAAAUAAUGGGCCCUGCACUGUUAAUUGCUAGGUUGUUUGCAGUUGUGCUGUUGCUAUUAGAAUUUAAUAAGCCAUUCCUUCUGCUAAAUUAAUAAGCAGCCAAGAUUAUGUAAUAGCUGCUUUCAGCUGCUAAUUAUUUUUCCCACAAUUCCUUCCCCUCCCUACCCCUACCCCCACCUUUUUUUGGCUAGGAGCAGGAAAGGAGACUGCCAGUAUGUCAUCAGCAAGUCUCCCGUCCUCAUUUUCAGAGCAACAUUAGGAGCAUAAUCAGAGUUUAAACUUGGAGGUGGCUAUCUCAGGAACCUUCAGGAUAUAAGUGUUUUGUACAGAAAAAGAGAAAAGCAGCAUUUGGAUUCAGAGGGCGAGUUUUCAUUGUGUAGCAUUAGAGCUAUCUUUUAACUGGUUAAUGGCAUCUGUUUCUUGUAGUAAGAGAGAAAUGGGACAUUCGAAAGCACCUUUGGGGCAUGACUAGGUAGGGAGAAAUCUGGUGGGGGCGAGGGGGACCUAAAGAACUACAGAAAGCCAGCUCUGUGCCGUGUGUCGUCCCCUUUCUUUAAUAUUCCAGUAUACAUUAAUCACACAUGUUAGUAGGAAACUUUCCAAGCAGCACAGUAGUGCUUGAAAAGGGGAAGUAUUACACAUUUCUUUUUGUUUUGUCAUACAAAAGCAUUUUUUAAAAGCCCCCAAAACUACUGUCUUAGUUUCAUAGAUACUAUAAUGUACACAAAAAGAAUAUAAUCCCUAAUAAAGGAUUCCUUUACAUUGAUUACAUUUAGCUUCGUGAAAAUUUUAGCAUUUCUUUUUUUACUUUAGGCCAUUAAAAAAAUUCUGGCGACUAUACUUAGGAACCUCUGCAAAAGGGGCAUGGCCCAACAAAAGCAAUUUUCUCGCUUGCUUUGUAAGAACCUAGGUGACUCGGGUAAUGAAUAGCAUUUCGAUAUGGGAAACCCGUGGCUCUUCAAGGAAGGUCACCUAAUCCCGUGGGACUCCCCUUUCCUUAUCUGUAAAUGACUAGAUGAUUCAUCCAUUCUAUCAUUCAGAAAAUUAUGAACAUCCAUUAUGCUCAGGCAUUACGCUCAGCAUUACAGCUCUUAACAAAUUUAUCAUUUUAUAGUCUUUAUCAGUCAACUCACAUUUAUUAGUUGUUAUAUACCAGGCUGUGAACUAGAUUGAGAUGCAAAAUGAAUACAAUUUAAGGUGUGCUAAAUAAAGGCUAACGGGCAUGUGGGUGAAAGAGGGAAUCGCUCUUACAGGGUUUUAGGGUGAGGCUUCAUAGGAGAUGUGACAUUUGGGAGCAAGGACAUGCCAGGCACAGCAAGUCGUCGGCAGUGCUAAACUGGAACCCAGGCGGCUGGUGGGGCGACCCAGUGUGAAGGAAGCGGGAUCUCGAAGGUGAGGUGCUGUCCGGGCUUUUCAGCCGAACGGACAGUAACUCAUCCAGUCCGCAGCACCGAGGAUGGGCGAGGCGAGCCCAGGGAACAGACUCCCGCGAAGCUCGGGGCGGAAGGUGUCUGGGCUAGGGCUGGAGCAGUGCAAUGGGAAGGAGAGGGAGGAUUCCGGACAAUUUUGAGGCAGAAUCAUAGCAAAAGGCCCGUGAAUGCGUGACGAGCUCCACAGAAGAGCUGACUUGUUUUUCCAGAGUUGCAGCACUCCCUCGUCUCCUCCCACCCUCCUCGUCAGCCGUCACACUUCCCCGACCCAUCCUCUGGGGACACAGAGAAUCAUUAGAGCUCGAACGUGGCUCUUCGCUGUCCGGAACUUCCCUGCUCCGCACCACCCGCUAGGCUAAGGACGCUGCAGAACCCCGUCCUCCUAUCAUUAAACAAGCAGGACAGCCGCCCGCGCGCGUCCCGGAGGCACCAGCAAGAGCGCGCGGGCGCGCGGGCGCGCGAGCCCGGCAAACGCCGCUUCCGGGUCACGUGGCCCGGCUUCCGGUUCGCACCUCCCCUCAGCGAAGAAACCUCCAAUCGGCUGCCUUGGACUCAGCGGUUACCCGCGCUGCCUCCGGUGCCGCUGGCGACCGCUGAGCCGCUUCCCGCGCGUCGCCUAGCCCGCCCCUCAGCUCGCCGCAGCCCCGGCUCCUCCCUCGUCCGGCCCCCGGGGCGGGGUCUGUCAGCUUGCCCUCCCCUCUCCGCCUAAGCCUGCCCUAUGCCAGCCGGGUUCCCUCCCCACAGCACCACGGCUUCUCUUCCUCAGCACGGCGACAGGGGCUUCCCCUUCGCCGCCGCCGCCGCCGCCGCCGGCCAAGCUCCGCCGCGCCCGCGGCCCGCGGCCGCCAUGCAGUUUAUGUUGCUUUUUAGUCGUCAGGGAAAGCUUCGACUGCAAAAAUGGUAUGUCCCACUAUCAGACAAAGAGAAGAAAAAGAUCACAAGAGAACUUGUUCAGACCGUUUUAGCACGGAAACCUAAAAUGUGCAGCUUCCUUGAGUGGCGAGAUCUGAAGAUUGUUUACAAAAGAUAUGCUAGUCUGUAUUUUUGCUGUGCUAUUGAGGAUCAGGACAAUGAACUAAUUACCCUGGAAAUAAUUCAUCGUUAUGUGGAAUUACUUGACAAGUAUUUCGGCAGUGUCUGUGAACUAGAUAUCAUCUUUAAUUUUGAGAAGGCUUAUUUUAUUUUGGAUGAGUUUCUUUUGGGAGGGGAAGUUCAGGAAACAUCCAAGAAAAAUGUCCUUAAAGCAAUUGAGCAGGCCGAUCUACUGCAGGAGAGUUUCUUUUCUUCUUGAAGGAUGUUUUUCCAGUGAAGAGGGGUUUCUCCCUAUGAAGAGUAUUCUCACAUUUAAUAGAUGGUAAUUUCUUACUUAAGUACAGUAAUAUGGACCAAUGGCUAUAAAGAAUAGUUCGGCUUAUCAUCAACCCUUUUCUUUCCUAAAAGCAGUAAAAGGUGUGUCAGGGUAUAAGUGGUGGAAAUGCCUGGGUGGUCACAUUCAGAAUUGUUCCUGUAGAAUUGCUGGUGUAGUUCAUAGUAAGUCUCCUGGGGAGGAAUGGUUGCAUACUCCGCCCUAUUUGGGAAACCACCUCUUCUCUUUUAAUGAGCGUAAGCUCUCGAUGGUUGGUUUUUACAUGGUAUGAUAGAAAAUUAAGAGAGAAAAGAAAAAGAUGAUAAACUAUAAUAUAAAGGCUCAAAGAACUGGUAUUAUUUAGGCAAAAGGUUAUUUGACAGAUUGGUAUUAUUUAGGCAAAAGGUUAUUUGACAGACUUAAACUUUUCUUGUUCUCUCUCCAGAAAACAGAGACUAUGUAUCACAGCAAGAGUUUCAUUGGGUUUAAGAAAGCGUACUAGAAUACGUGCUGGAGUACUGACAUGCAUCAAAAUGUAGUAGGAUAUAUAAAUUCAGUUUGUAAUGACAAUUUUGUCAAGUUUGUUAUUUAUAUUUUAGCAUUACCUGAAAAGUCUAAUUACAUUAAAUCCCAAGGGAUAGUCCCAAUUACUUCAUUAAACUGGUAUUUUCAUAGGGAAUUUUGCUUGGAUAAUGAUCCAUUAUUGGGGCUUAUAAUUUAUUUUUUACACAGAAUAUGGAAAUAGCUUCAGAGGUUCAUUGACAAUAAAGCAUUCAUUAAAUACUGUGAAUCACUAAUGCCAUUGAUACAGAAGAAUUUCCCUAUGAAAAUGAGAGCUUCUGUGAGAAAAUGAAGUAGUUGGGAGUUUAAUUUCUUAUUAAUAUGAUUUUAACUUGCUGCUUCAUUCCACUAUAUUCUGAGUUGGGGGAAAAGGGCAGCUAUCUCUUUAAAAUAUUUAGGAAUUCUUUGAGGAUUAAAAUGUAACUGGCUUUUGUCCUCAGAUACGUUUGUAAUUAAUGGUUGUAUAAGUUUAGGGAUUUGUUAGAUAUUUUUCUUGGAACAGUUUACAUGAUUUUGUAGUUCAACAUUUCAAAGUUUCAACUUGAAUAAAUAUUAAAAUGAGGAUACUUUAAAGACACUCAAAUAAGCAAUUUUAAACUUGCUUUCUGGUGGGGAUAUAAUCCCUUUGAGAGUCUGAAGGAUGAUGGGCCGUCACCCCAGAAAAAUUUGUACAUCAUUUCGUUUCUAAUUUCAGGGAACUCUCAGAGCCCCUAGAAGUCCUUCUGUAGACACUCAAAUCUGGAGAGUUCGUUAAAAUCUGUCUUGAGGAUUUUUUAAAAAGUAAUAUCCUCAGUCUCAGUCAAAUUCUUUGGAUUUUUUGCUUUUGUAGGUAUAAGUAAACAGUUAAAAACCUUCAUUGCUACUUAAAAUACCAGAUGAGUGACUACUUUUCCAGUUUUUAUUGGGAAAGAUUUUUCUCUAGGUUCUUUAGUUUAUGUAAUACAAAUGAACUAAUGAAUUUAAAUACUGGUGGAAGGGGAAUAUUCUAAUUGAAUUUUUGGUCAACUCAGUAUUGACCAGAUGACUUACACUGAAAAUCUUUUCAUAAUAUUAGUAGUAAAUAUAGUGUUUUAGGAUUUUGUAAAAUUUCUGGAGGAUGUCUGUCAUCAUUUUGAACACUGUAUGUAGUAAAGUUAGAAAAAAAUGAUCUAAAGUCUUGGGCAUUGUUCAGAAGUUAAAUAUUCAGCCUUAAACCAAAGAAUGAAAGCAAACAGAAACUUAAGUUUUAGUUAUCUUUACUGUGAACUAAAUGUUCUAGAAAUCUGAUUGUGUCUGUGUCAGUUUGUAUACUGUGUGUAAGAAUAUAUGCAUUUCUUUUGUAGCCACGUCAUGAAUAUUUUAAUGUCCCUGUGUACUAAAUGACUACUCAUCGAGUAUGCAGAAUUUCACAGAGGAAAUAGAAUGCUGAUAUACAUAUGAAAGAAAAUAUCCUCAGCAUGGUGAUUUAUUGUCUUGUAUAAUAAUAGUAGAACAUUUUAGAACUAGUACUUUUAUGAUUGUAUUUUUUUCCUGUUCACAUUCCAAACUUUUCUGUUUUAUUUUCAUUCUAUAUGUGAUCUUGAUACAGCUCAUUCCUUUCUGCAACUGAUUUAAUCUCAUCUUGACAAAAUAUGACCUAGAAGUGUUUUGAGUAAUAUUAAAUCUUAAACACAUACAUAUUAUUAAUGAACCAUCUGUGAUUUAUCUUAUAAGAGGAAAACAUGACAAUCAUUAAAAUGUUUACCAAAGAAAAUAUAGCUGAAGUGCUAGGUCAAAAUAAGCAGUGCCAUAAUAUAUAGUGUAGUUUGGUCUUCAAAUAUUGAGGUUAAAAAAAGAAACUAUUUUGUGUGAUUAUCUUACAAUCUGUAUGAGCUAAUGUGUUCUAAUGUAUCACAUAAAAGUAUAUGUGAAAAUAUUACAAGAAACUAAAAUUAAUUUGUACCAUUAUAUAAUAUUUAAGGUUAAAACAUUCAGUAUUAAGAAAUUUUGUAGUGCCACAUUUAUUGAAUCUCAUUUGUGCUAUAUAAUAAUAUCAAACAAUCCCUUUAAGAACUUAUUAGAGAGCUAUGUCUGAAGUCUGUUCUGCAAUAUCUGUUGCUGAAUAAUAACUCUUUCAAAGCAUUAAUGCUGAGUUUAUAUAGUUCAAAAAUUCUAAUAUUCAUUCAGUUUUAAUACCUAAAUACUUAUAUUUUACUAGUGAUGGCAUUCUAAUAUAUUAAGUCCUCAUUUAAAUACUUAAUACUUUGUUAACUGUGGCAUUAUAUUUCUGAAUUUUAAAACCUUUAAUAUUGGUAACUAUUGCAUAUUCUUUUAAUAAAACAUGCAGCAUAUUUUUUUAUAAAAGGAAAAGAAUUCAUUGUUUAUAUCUAGAGAGCAUAAAGCCUAAGUUAAGUAAGUUAUUAAACAAUAACUUCACAAGAUGUUCCAAUCGAUUUAUCACUGAAAGAAGAUCUAUGAAAAUGUGUUUUGACCAAACUUAGUAUUAGGCAGGUACACAGAUAAGAUUUUCCAUUCUUAACAUUCUCACUGUAAUGCACUACAUUUGAAGCACCUGGAUGUGCUAUCAAUCAGGUGGGAAAUUUAGCAUUAUAUAUUGGAAGCAUUGAGAAACAUUGGUCUUUCAUUUCUAUUUUUCCCCUCCUUUCCUCCUCCUGCCCCACAAUAUAUUAUUCAUCUGGUUUUAAUGCUACAUAAAUAUGCAUUGUCUCAUGCCUGUUUGUGUUGGAUGCCUUGUGCUAAGCUGUAACAAAAUGUUGCUUCUUUUGCUGUCUGUAUGCAGCUGCUUGCUUUAAAUUAGUAGAUUCUGAAAUAGCUUUCCUUGCAUGUCUAAAAUAAAAGUAUUGCAUGUA